AUGGACUAUGUAGAUGAUGAUGCAGAGGUGGUUCAAAAUUUAGCAUUACCAGAACCUGAGCAUGUAGAUGAUAUUCAAGAAGAUGUUGAAGUAGAAGAUGAUCCUGGUGUGGGUACUCAGGAAGAUAAUAAUCCUGGUGUAGUUAGUCAGGCAGAUGGAGAUUCUUAUUUGGAAAGAAGUCCUCAAGAUGAAGCUGAUUUUGUUGAGGCUGAGUGUCGUAAUGCAGAAAAUAAUAAUGAGGAAAGUCGAAGGGCUAGGGCAAAAGUUGACAAUGAAAAUGUAGGUUUAGGUGAGAAGGAUGAUGUGCAAAGUGCGUAUUAUGACUGUGAAGACCCAUUGAGUUAUCAAUCUGAAAAGGAAGAGGUAGAAACAUCAUUUGAGCAUAUCACUAAUGCAGCAACAAGUAGAUUUAAAUACCCUUCGUACAAUCCAAAUUUGGAGUCAGUUGACCUUGAAGUUGGUAUCUUAUAUGAUGAUGAGAAACAGUUUAAAAAGACAAUGAUCAACUAUGCAGUUGAUUUCAAUGGAGAUGAUGGCUAUGAAAUUAAGAAAGGGAGACAACAAUUUAAGGUCAAACUUGCAGGUAGAAGCUGCUCAUGUAGGGCAUGGGAUCUUUCUGGCAAAUAUGGAAGGGCAAGCAAGACCUCCUCAACUGAUUGGUACAAAUUAUGCCUACUGGAAGGCGAGAACCAAGAUCUAUCUUCAGGCUCAAGGAGUGAAUGUGUGAAGGCCGUCACUCAUGGGUGGACUCACCCCAAAAGGAUUCAAGAAGACAAGUCAAAUAUUCUUGCUUCGGUUGAACAGUGGAGCACCGAAGAAAUUAACGACAGUGACAAUAACAACAAGGCACUGAACAUAAUUACUGGAUCGCUUGAUGAGAGUCAAUUCGGGUUAAUUGCUGGAUGCAGCUCUGCAAAGGAUGCCUGGGAAAUUCUUGAAAAACUUUAUGAAGGAGACUCCUCUGUCAAACAAACCAAAAUGCAACAAGUACUCACAAGAUUUGAAGAAUUACGGAUGAAAGAUGAAGAAACCAUUGUUGAAUUUAAUGCUAGGGUUCAAGAAUUGAAGAACGAAGCUGCCGUAUUGGGAGAACCAUUCUCCUCGGAUAAACUGGUCAGGAAGAUUCUUCGAUCCCUCCCUGUACGCUUCAGGAUGAAAGUCACUGCAAUUCAAGAAAGCGUAGGCUGGGAAACGAAAUCUGUUGCGGAAUUAAUGAGCAAUCUAAGGACAUACGAAAUGGAUAUCCUAUCGCAAGACAGCAACACAAAAAGGGGUAAGAAUGUUGCGUUUCUUGCCGAAAAAUGUGACUCAGAAGAGGAGUGCAAAGAAUUAGAUGAUGAAUCUGUGGCAAUGAUAACAAGAAAUUUCACCAAGAUUCUGAAACAAAUAAAUCGAAGAAACAGAGGAGGCAAGAAUCAACAAAACAGACCUAACAGUACUGCUCCAUCCUCGUCUAACUCAUCUCGAACCGUCGGGAAAUUAUCAAAUCCAAAUCAACAGAAGAACUUUGGUCAAAUCAAUCAGUUCGGUCAAAACCAAAACUUGACUCGACAAAAUCAAUGGCAGCAAGGGGAAGUUAAGAAUAAGAACAAAGGAAUUCAGUGCAGAGAAUGUGAAGGUUUUGGACACAUUCAGGUGGAAUGUGCCACUUACCUCAAAAGAAAGAAAUCCAUGAAGGCAACAACCUGGAGCGAUGAAGAUUGUUAUGAAGAAGCUCAAGAUGAAGAUGAAGAAAUAUCAGGAAACUUCGUAGCAUUUACUGCAGUUGUGGCUGAAUCUCACUCGGACUUGGAUAAUUGUUCAGAUCAUGAAGAUGUAGAUAAAAUACCUUAUGAAGAACUUGAACAAUCCUACAUCAAACUGUACAAGAAAUGGGAUAUUCUCUUGAAGACUCACACAACCACAAAUUCUAAAAAUGAGUUCCUGGAAAAGAACAUUGAAUCCUUGAAGAAACAAGUUGUUGAUACGAAUGCUGAACUAGCAGAGUCCAACUCCAAAGUGAUGAAGCUCUCAGCAGAAUUAGAAGCCUACAAGAAACAAAUCCAAAUGAUGAACACAACAUCAACUCUCAAUCAAAUCCUUGACUCUGGAAGAGCACCCAACAUUCGAAAUGGUACUAGCACUUGGACAAAUGUUGAAACCUACCAGAAGAUUUUGAGGAAAUAUAAUUCAACAUGUCAUUACUGCUGCAAGAAAGGCCACAUAAGACCGGAAUGUUACAGGUUCUACAGUGACCAGAGAACUGACAAAUUUCAGAAGAAAUGGAUCACCCCAGUCAGUCGUCAAGUUUGGGGAAAAUGGUAUUUCGACAGUGGCUGUUCUAGGCAUAUGACCGGCAGUAAAGAAUUUCUCAAGAAUGUGAUUCCAUAUACUGGACAAGUAACCUUUGGUGAUGGAAUUAAGGGUGACAUCAUGGGUAUUGGGAUCCUCAAUGUAGCUGGACUACCCUCACUAUCGAAGGUACUACUGGUACAGGGUCUUAAAGCAAAUCUGAGCAGCAUCAACCAGUUGUGUGACCAAAAGUUGAAUGUAGGCACCACCACUGAUAAUACAGAUCUUUGGCAUCAAAGACUUGGGCACAUGAAUUAUCAAGAUAUGAACCAUCUCAUAAGUCAUGAAUGUGUAAGGGGUGUACCAAAGUUCAAAGUUAAGGAAACUGGUGUAUGUGGCCCUUGUCAGCUGGGAAAGCAAACCAGAACCCCACACAAACAUUUCAACCAUAUAGGAACCUCUUCAUGUCUGGAUCUUCUGCAUAUGGACUUAAUCGGACCAACACAGUUUGAGAAACUGUGCUUGAAGCUGCAAAAAGAAAAGGGAUUGCAUAUUGGUAAAAUUGUGAGGAUUAGGUCGGAUCAUGGUAGGAAAUUCAAAAAUCAGUACUUCUCGAACUUCUGCUCCAAAAAUGGAAUCAGUCAUGAAUUCUUAGCCCCAAAAACUCCCCAGCAAAAUGGAGUAGUUGAGCGAAAGAACAGAACCAUCCAAGAAAUGGCCCGAGUCCUGAUAAGUAGCAAAGACCUUCCUCAGUUCUUUUGGGUAGAGGCAGUUCAUACUGCAUGUCAUAUAAUCAACAGAGUGUAUCUUAGACUUGGGAUGUCGCAUACACCAUAUGAGCUAUGGCGAGGAAGGAAACCAAAUUUGAAGUACUUUCGCAUUUUUUGCAGCAGAUACUACAUCUUAAAUGACAGAGAAAAGGUUGGAAAAUUUGAACCAAAGAGUGAUGAAGGCAUAUUCUUGGGGUACUCACCUAACAGCCGAGCUUACAGAGUUUACAACAAACGUAUCAAGACUGUCCAAGAAUCUAUCAAUGUAAUUGUGGAUGAUCAACCGCAAACAGUUGGUGAGUAUUUACUAGCUGCUGAUCUUGAACAAUACCAAAGAAAGUCAGAUGAUGAAAAAGGGAUCAAGAAAUCUGAGUAA